UACGUUAUAAUGCAGCCUCCAUGUAUGGUGAAAUCACACAGCUGCAGGACAUUUUCUUUACUUUAAAUUAGCUUAAAAUGUUUGCAUCUACAAUUAUUGCCAGGUGGUUACAAAAAAAAGUACGUUGCACUCUGACUGUAACAAUCUUCCAUGUAUAUAUUUGUGAAUUAACGAAAGAAAAAUUAGUAGGCAGGUGUUACAAUAUUCUUUUCAUAUUUUUCGUGUAUUUACCAAAAAAAUAUUAAAAGAAUAACAAAAGAAUAUUUAACUGAAUAUUCUUUGUGAUUAUUCUUCUGUGUAUAUCGGCCUUUACCCACAUGAAAUGAAAAGCUGCGAAAGAAAUUUCAGUUAUUGUUGAGUAAAGCCGGAGUAAACACAGUGUUUUUUAAAUAAAAAAUGACGAGCAAUGGUAAUCCAAACUCUUUUCAAAAUUAUUUACGUGGAAUAAAAGCAGCAGAAAAUGUAGAAGUUAGAUAUGAUAGAGACGUGGAGAAAGGGUUACAUGAAACAUAUGGUAAUGAGGGGUAUGGGAGAGAUCCUGAGGAGCAUGGAACUGCUGAAUAUAAUGGAACAUCAACAAUAUUGACUGAAACAGUUACCAUUUCAUCGAAAAACAUUAAGAAACGAGGGAGACCGAAAAAGUCGGACGAUCACAAGAGCUGGGAAGAUGAUGAAAUUGCUGUUCUCAUUGAGAUAUGGUCCCAAUUUGAAAAUCCAUACAAUACUAAACAUAAAAAGUACUUUAACAGAGAAGAGCGACAGAAAAGCAUGGAAGCAAUCGAAAAAGCUCUCAAUGAUCAAAGCAUCACGUCUACUACAAAGCAAGUUAACCGAUCUGAAGAAUUACUAUGGUGCUCAAAAGAGAAUGUGUAAAUGUUCCAAAGCAAGUGGCUGUGGCACGGACGAUGUUUACGUUAGUCAAUGGAAGUUUUUCGAAAACCUUUCUUUUCUGAAUGAUGCAUUCACACCACGGCGAACCCAUAGUAGCGCAGAUGGUUCAGGAUCCUAUAAAGUCACAAGACCACCAUCAGCGAAGUCAGCACGCAAAAUAGGUGAUGCGCAAGUUGAAAAUGCGAACAAAAUAAUGGAAUCAGCUGCAUCUACUUUGGAGAAAUUUGUUGCAUCUUGGGAAAGUAAUAAUGCGCAGCAAAGACCUUCGCAAAAAAUUUACGCAGAGAAAAGUGAUGAUGAAAUAUAUUGUGAGAUGCUGCACAGACUACUAACACAGGUUUCUGAUGGUGAUGACAAGGAUUAUAUAAAGCUGCAGAUUCAUCAAUUGGUAAUUAGCACCAAGCAAAAUACCAUGCAGUCACAACCCCUACAAUUGAACCGCAUGAUGUCCCAUCGCUAUGGCAUGUAUGCGUCUAGAACAUCAUCUCCGGCUCUCAACUCACCUCGCUUAAAAAAUUCUGGGCGCUUAUAAAUUUUUUCUAAUUUUGUACAAAUAAAAACAACGGUAA